UUGAUUUUUCCUGCAGUAAACCACUGCGACGUCUGUUCCCUGACCCCGCCCACUGCAGUUCAUGUGACUGGUUGUCACAUGAUAUACGUUGACGCCGUGUUGUGAUCUGUCAGCUGAGCUCCUAGCAUAAGGCUGUUGUUGGACUUGUCUUCUUCAUUCGUCUUCUGAACACAUAAGAUCAUGGAUAUCCGCGGGGCUGUGGACGCUGCAGUGCCCACCAACAUCAUUGCUGCCAAGGCUGCAGAGGUGCGAGCCAACCUGGUCAACUGGCAGUCCUACCUGCAGAGUCAGAUGAUCUCAGCUGAGGAUUGUGAGUUCAUUAAGAAGUUUGAAGUGGCCAACUCUGAGGAGAAACAGGUCAUUCUGACCAAUGAGGGACAUCAGUGUGCAAAGACCUUUCUUAACCUAAUGGCUCACAUCUCCAAGGAGCAGACGGUGCAGUACAUCCUGACGCUGAUUGAUGACACCCUGCAGGAGAACCAUCAGCGGGUGAACAUUUUCUUUGACUAUGCCAAAAAGACAAAAAACACGGCCUGGUCCUACUUUCUUCCUAUGCUGAAUCGUCAGGACCCUUUUACUGUCCACAUGGCAGCUAGAAUCAUCGCUAAGCUGGCGGCCUGGGGUCGUGAUCUGAUGGAGGGAAGUGAUCUGAACUACUACUUCAACUGGAUCAAGAGUCAGCUCAGUUCACAGAACCUUCAUGGUACAGGUCCAGAAACAGUCACAGGAGCAGGAACUAUAUCUCCCAGUGACAGCUCCCAGUAUGUCCAGUGUGUGGCCGGCUGCCUUCAGCUGAUGUUGAGGGUCAACGAGUACAGGUUUGCCUGGGUGGAGGCUGAUGGAGUCAACUGCAUCACAGCAGUGCUGAGCAACAAGUGUGGCUUCCAGCUCCAGUACCAGAUGAUCUUCUGUGUUUGGCUGCUGGCCUUUAGUCCUCAGCUCUGUGAGCAGUUGAGACGCGUCAACGUAGUGCCAGCCUUGUCCGACAUCCUCCAGGAGUCCGUCAAGGAGAAGGUCACUCGGAUUAUUCUGGCUGCCUUCAGGAAUCUUCUGGAGAAGUCAGCAGAACGGGAGACUCGUCAGGAGUACGCUCUGGCCAUGAUUCAGUGUAAGGUGCUCAAGCAGCUGGAGAACCUGGAGCAGCAGAAGUACGACGACGAGGACAUCACCGAGGACAUCAAACUCCUGCUGGAUAGGCUGGGGGAGAGCGUGCAGGACCUCAGCUCAUUUGAUGAGUACAGCUCUGAACUCAAAUCCGGCCGCCUGGAGUGGAGUCCAGUGCACAAGUCCGAGAAGUUCUGGCGCGAGAACGCCGUUCGUCUGAAUGAGAAGAAUUAUGAGCUCCUCAAGAUUCUAACGAGGCUGUUGGAGGUGUCUGACGACCCCCAGGUCAUCGCAGUGGCAGCUCACGACGUCGGGGAGUACGUGCGACAUUACCCACGUGGCAAAAGGGUAAUUGAGCAGCUGGGUGGAAAACAGUUGGUGAUGAAUCACAUGCACCAUGAAGACCAGCUGGUCCGCUACAAUGCUCUGUUGGCUGUGCAGAAGCUGAUGGUCCAUAACUGGGAGUACCUGGGAAGACAACUCCAGUCCAGUGAUCAACAACAAGCUCCAGCUGUUACAGCUCGCAGCUGAACUGUUUACGUGUGUGUGAGUGUGUGUGUGUGUGGAUGAGGGUGUACGUUCUGAAGACCAGCAGCUGGUUUCUGUGUUACAACCUGAAAAAUCAAUGGAACUCCCUCCGAUCUUCAUCUCCAGCGGUCUUAGGUGUCGGUUGAAUUGAUUGUCGUGUAUUUGUGAUGUGACCUCAGCUCAAGUGACCGUGUGGUGAUUAGUGUCGCACUUUAUGUCUGUGAUAAUGUACAAAACUGCAAGUAAUUUAAGUCUCAUCAGUGACCACGUAGAAAAACAGAUUUGUCCAAAUUAACUUAAUAUCUUUACUGAGUGACCGUGUCAUUUCCCUUAGAUGUAGGCUGUAAAUCAGUGCGAAAGAAAAUACUGUCAAUAAAUAUCCUUUAAAACUCC